GCCGGUGAGUCUGUGAUCUCCGCGCGCAUCGCGCACGCGCACGCGCACUGCCACUGUCCGCGCUCGUGCGGGGCCCGUGACGAUCCAGCGGGAGUGUUAGCUAUGUAAUGGCGGCUUCGGUGUUGCUCUCCGCGGAAAGCCCCGUGCCCUCGUUUACAGUCGGCCACCACGCCGGAGCUGCGGCGGCGGGAGCUGCUCAUCACGGAAUAUCCAUCGCUCCCGGAGCCGCGUCCUGGAGCCGCUCGCUGGACCGGGCGCUGGACGAGGCGGCGGCCACCGGAGCACUCACCCUCAGCGGCAGGAAGCUGAAGGAGUUCCCGCGGAGCGCCUCCGGACACGACCUCACCGACACCACACGCGCCGAUCUAUCACGAAACAGACUGACAGAGCUGCCGGUGGAGGUGUGCAUGUUUGUGUCGCUGGAGAGUUUGAACCUGUACCAGAACUGUCUGCGUUCACUACCAGAGAGUCUGAUAAACCUGCAGUCGCUCACCUACCUAAACAUCAGUCGGAACCAGUUGUCCACUCUCCCCGCUCAUGUGUGCCGUCUGCCGCUCAAAGUCUUGAUCGCCUGCAAUAACAAGCUGGUCUCGCUGCCGGAGGAUCUGGGCAGACUCAGACAGCUCACAGAACUGGACGUCAGCUGUAAUGAGAUCCAGACGCUUCCUCCACAGAUCGGUCAGCUGGAUGCUCUGCGCGACCUCAACAUCCGCAGAAACCACCUCGUUCGCCUGCCUCCAGAGUUGGCUGAGCUGCCGUUGGUCCGGCUUGAUUUUUCCUGUAACAAGAUAACGACAAUCCCAGUAUGCUACCGCAAUCUCAGACACCUCCAGAGCAUCAUUCUGGACAACAAUCCUCUCCAGAGCCCACCUGCACAGAUCUGUAUAAAGGGAAAGAUUCAUAUAUUUAAAUAUCUGAACAUGGAUGCAUGUAAAGCAGCAUCAGACCUUCCAGACUACGACAGAAGACCAGUGCCUUUCGGAUCCUGUGCAGAGGAUUUGUAUUCUGGCCGACCGUACGGCGCUCUGGACUCCGGCUUCAACAGUGUGGACAGCGGAGACAAACGGUGGUCUGGAAAUGAGCCUUCAGACGAGUUGUCAGACUUGUCGUUGAGAGUGGCGGAAAUCACCAGAGAGCAAAAACAGAGACGAGAUCGAGAAAGAGAGCGUGAGGAUCAUCGGACAGGGUCUCACAUGACCAAUGGCACAUUGGAAGCAGAGCUUGAACAGAUAGACUUCAUUGACAGCUGUACAGGGGAUGAUGAGGAGGAGGAUGGGCGGAGCCGUAAAGGGGCGGAGCCUGUCAGCCUCAGCUCACAGUUCAUGGCCUACAUUGAAAGACGGAUCACUAGAGAGGGUUCACCCGUGAAGACCAGCCCGUCCAGAGACUUCAGAACUGAUGAUCCCAGACGCCAAACCUCCUUACACAACCGUGGUGGGUCAGAACCAGCGGUCACAUCUUCAUACGCUCAUAAUCAGCGCUCCGCUGGUGCGGCGUCGUGUUCUGGCGUCGGUGUGGAGAGAGUGAGACGGGAAGCUCAGCUGGCGGCUCUGCGGUACGAGGAGGAGAGACACAAAACAAGAUUAGUGCAAAGAGACGGCGUCAUGAACUACGUCAAGCACAAGUCGUCUCCGAGCCCUACGACGCUCAGUCCGACAGACAGUGAGACUCUGUACCCCUCCAGACGGUCCACUCACACCGAUGACUCCGCCCUCUUCCUGAGUGAGUUUGAGCCCCUUCUGAUAUUUGAGAUAGACACAGACACCAACACUAUAAAGAAGAGGCCAGACCCUCACAAACAGCAAGGGGAAGAUUAUGGCUCGCUGUCUCCCUCCGCCCUCCAAACCCUGACGUACCCCAUCCAGAGACCUGAGAGUUAUCUUUUCCAGCUCGGACAGAGAGAGGAGAAGAAAAAAGGAGAAUCAGGCACACAGAAGGCGGAGCCAGAGGAAGCCACGCCCACACAUAGCCCCACCCCCAAGGGAGAGGAGGCAAUACUAAUAGAGCAGCUGAGAAGGAACAUCGAGUGUCGACUCAAGGUGUCUUUACCCAGUGAUCUUGGGGCAGCUUUGACUGACGGGGUCGUCUUGUGCCAUCUGGCCAAUCACGUGCGUCCCCGAUCCAUACCGAGCAUCCAUGUGCCCUCGCCAGCAGUGCCUAAACUGACGAUGGCCAAGUGUCGACGAAAUGUGGAGAACUUCCUCGAGGCCUGCCGCAGAAUUGGAGUUCCUCAGAACCAGCUGUGUCUCCCGCUGCACAUCCUGGAAGAGCGAGGUGUGUCUCAGGUGGCCGGGACGGUCCGUGCGCUCCUGGAUCUGGCUCCUCCGAAACACACGGCGUCCCCGAGCACGACCCCCACCAGCCCCAGCUCCACCUCUCCACUCGCUCUGUAGACAUCUCAUCCCUGCAGGACCUCAGAUCUCUGAGACUCCUUUCUGUUCUCGAGCACCUCACGAACGGUUCUGUAAGGGUAACACACACACACACACACACACACACACACACUCCCUGCUCUGUGAACACACACACUCUUCAGACCCCGACCAGCCUCAGACAACAGAGAAGAGACGACUGACCAACACACGUGUCCACAGACUGCUUUAAAACUAGAUUUCAUUUUAACAGUUAGUUUAACACCUUAAUAUCUCUAUUAUGGGUGGUGUUUAUUCUUAUUUUGUAAUAUUAUUAUUAUUAUUAUUAUUAUUAUUAUUAUUAUUAUUAUUAUUGAGUUGGCCAAAACUACCCAAGCUUGUGUAUCCGAGAGUUACAUUGACUGGUGUUUUAAUCUCACAAAACCUGCCGGUCACAUUUCAACCUGAAAUAAAAUUAAGAUAUUAUACUUGCAGAAAUUGAAAAACAUUUUUAGGGCCUUUAAGAUUUUUGUGACAUUAUUUUCAUGACGUGAGAAACAUGCUCUCAUUGAAAAAAACUAAAUAAAUUAUCACAAUGCAGAAAUGUAACGCAAAGUAAAUUUUGCAUUACUUAUUUAUAUAUAUAUAUAUAUAUAUAAAUGCAGAAUUUACUUUGCAUUAUAAAUGUAGUUCUUUGCAUUAUAUAAAGUAUUGAAACACAUGUUUUUGUGAAAAUUUUCAUGACAUGCAAAUCAGAUUCCCAUCAUCACGAUGCAAACUUACAAUGAUAUAUUAUUUAAAUUGUAAAGUAUUUAAAUGUAUUAAAUUAGCUAUUGUACAUUUGUACAUUUAUUUCAUUCGUAUCGCUGUAGCUUUACUGUAUUACAGUGAUGAGCAUAACUAUUGAUUAAUGAGAAUUGCAAAAAAAAUUACCAUAAAUUAUCCAAAUGCAUCAUACUAAUAAGCAUUAUUGUUCAUGAAAAUGAUGUCAUAAUGCAAAAAAAUAGAUAGCAGCAGGUCACUGACUGAAAGACACUAAUUCACACUAAUUCUGUCACGAGUCGAGUUUUAGUGUGGAGCCACAGGGGACACUUUAAGUGAAGAAAACUUCAAACUUUAAGAGCUACCUUGUAAAACUGAGAGGUAUAUUAGUGCUAGAACGAGGUUUAACAUGAUGGGCACAAUAAAACUAAAUCUGAUAUAUGUAAAGAUGUUUGAAACAGUAAAUGAAUGAAACACUUAUUCUAGUUUAACAGCCUUGGAGCUGAUUUCUGUUGCUGUCAUGGGUUUAUAUGUAACUGGUCUUGCAUGCAAGGGAUUCUGGGUGUUGGGAGUUUGGACUGAAAUGGGACGGCAGUGUAAAAAUGUUUUUUUAUUGUAUUUACCUUUUUUAUUCAGAUUGGUAUGUGACCACCAUUGCAUGGCUUUGCUUAUGAUUUGUCUACCAAUACAACACACAUCUAAUCCGUUGUUUAGAGGUGUGUGUGUGUGUGUGUGUGUGUGUGUGUGUGUGUGUGUGAGCCUGAGAAGCACAGAUGUCUUUCCAGAGACAGUUCCACAGUUACUGAAAGCAUGACCAGGUCAUUUCACAAAUGUGUAUAUAUAUAUUUAUAUAUAUAUUAAUUUUUCAUAACAAUUAAGCACAUGUUUACUAUAGAAUCAUAUAUUAUUUACAUAAUGACAAUUUUAAAACAAGUAUAGUUAAUUGCAUUAUAAUGUGGUGAGAAAAUAUUUUAUUAUUUAAUUUUUUGGCAUUAUUAAUGCUGUUUUUUUUAUUAAAAUAAAAGAAAAUACGUUUUUCAUUAUAAUGGCAACAAUUUUUUUAUUUUUACAUUUUCUCUGCAUUAUAAUGCUAAGAAAAAUAUUAUUUAAAAUAAAAAGAACAUUUGAAAACAUUUAUUUUAAAUAACCGUCUUUGCAUAAUAAGUAUAUAGUAAGGUAAAAAAAAAAACAUGUUUUAAACAGAGCUAGUCUUCGUUUGAAUCAAGACCUCUCCACGUGUAUAACGCAAAGAAAAUAAACAUGUUUUUAAAUGUUAUUUUUUUACUUUUUUAUAUUAGUAUUUAAUAUUAGGUCUUAUUUUUCAUAAUAUUUUCUUCAUCAUAUAAUAUUUUGUAUCAAUUGUAAAACCUGUUGCAAAAAUGUGCUUAUUUAUUAUGAUAAAAAAAAAAAAUGGCCUACUUUUUCUUUAUGCAAAAUAUUCUUUUUAAAUGUUUCUAAUUUUUAUGUUGAAGCGUGACCUGGAUAUGUUUUCAUGAGAUUCCCCCUCAGAGUCAUGAAGAUAAAGCAGCUUUUAUCAAACUUCCUCAUCUGUAAUAUGACAAAAACUCAUUAAAGUUAGAGUCAUUAAAGUUUCUAUUUUAACUUGCUUUUUUAGAGACUGAUGAGUUUUUACAAGGGAAGUUCCAAGCGGGAGAAAGAGGUUUUGUAUAGUUGUUCUAGAGUGUUUUUCUCUCUGACUCCGCACAGAUCAUGUGGUUUCUUCUGCAGGGUUUGUCUCUGCGUGUCUGUACAGUAAAUAAAUACAUUCCAUACGUUUACAAGUAUGAACCACGAGCACCUCCUGUGUGCUUCAGACGUUUGCCCGGACAUGAGCUGCGUAUUUUCACUGCCGUUUAGUUUCUGAACACUUCUCCCUGCAGAACAUUUUGUAAAGUUUUUACUUUUGGAAUAAAGAUGGUCUGAACAUUUGGAUUUGUGAAACACGUGAAUAAAAAAAGUUCCCAUUUG